CAAGCACCAUACAAAAGCUGACUUUGCAAAACCAAAACAAGGUGAAAGGUGGUCAAAUUUUGUGCGUAAAUUUACUAAAUUCUGGAGAAAGUAGACUUGAAUAUUUUAGAGAAAGAAAACUUGUUUUGGAUUUUUAAUACAAUUUCAAAAUUGGGUCGGUUUGGGCACGAUAUUUACUCCUGUUUCGAAGGCUGCGAGACCUGCAAAACGACGACCUUCUCGAAAACUUGAUCAUGUCUACAGCCCCAGUGGAAACAUCAUCCAAAGGACCGAAGGAUGAUAUUGCCUCAUCGAAAGAGAAAUGGAUGGAUAAGAUCGAAUCGUUGCAAGUUCCACGGUCCGAAGUGAACAAACUCAUUAUGAAUUACUUGGUCACGGAAGGAUUCAAAGAUGCUGCGGAAAAGUUUCAAAUCGAGUCCGGAACUGAGCCUGGCGUAGAUUUGAAAACGCUGGAUAAACGCAUCAAGAUACUGGAAAAAAUUCAAGAAGGGGAAAUUCAGAAAGCGAUCCACAUGAUUAACGCAUAUCAACCUCAACUUUUAGACGAUAAUCGAUACUUGUACUUUCAUCUCCAACAGCAGCAUUUGAUUGAGUUAAUACGAGCGAAAAAUAUCGAUGCAGCACUGAAAUUUGCACAGGAAAAUUUGGCAGAUCAGGGGGAAGAGAAUACGGAAGUUUUAGAAGAGUUGGAGAGGACUUUGGCCCUACUUGCAUUUGAGGAUGCUGAAAUUUCCCCUUUUGGCGACUUAUUGGCCCUCUCUCAUCGUCAAAAAGUUGCAAGUGAACUCAAUACAGCGUUCCUAGGCCAGGAGAACAAAGACUCUUCCGUAUCAAAAUUAGCUUACUUAUUAAAAUUUGUUCUUUGGGCGCAGGAAGAACUUGACAGAAAGAAAGUUAAAUAUCCAAAAAUGACAGACUUGGCUAUUGCCCUAAUAGAAGAACCCAACAAGUGAAGUUACAUGAUGUGAUGUGUGUGUCCUGCUCUGACAAUUCGUUCAUGUUUUUGUACCUCGUUGUUGUCAUCGUCGUCGGACAAAAAUUUGCUACGCGCAGUCUUGAACAACUGUUCUUCUCACUCAGUGUACAUAUGUGUAUUAGUGCGUGUCGUGUUUUGACUAAUUUAUUCAGAACUUGACUGUAAAAGAAUUUGUAUUUAAAGUGAUUCGAAUUCGAACUGAUGACUACCUACAAAGUUUUAUAAGUAAUUCUAAGUUUUUUAAAGUUGUCAGAUUUUCACUGUUUCUUAACAAGUCAAAUGAAUGAAAUAGGCAUUAAAAUCAAAAUUUCAGAAGACAAAAUCA